CGAUAGAAGAUAGCAACGCGUCGGAAGGAGCUCCCCCACAGUCAGCUUGGGAAUCCAGACCGUUGGCGGUUGCGAUGUCAACCAAACCACAUUCCUCCCAUCCAUGGAAGUUAGAAAUACGGACAUCGUCAGCCAGCGACUUCAUCAUUUGCUUGCUCGAUUAUCUGCUCAGAAUUCCAAUUCACUAUCUUUGCAGAACCAAACUUCAUCGACCAACACUUCCAAAUCCCCAAACUCACACCUUCAUACAGAAAGAAGAGCGUGGACAAGAAAUACACUCCGCACUUCAUCUAGAGUAUCGCCUUUACACAUUGCAGUUUCGGGCAUGGGCAUCAAGGGUACCGACGACUAUCUCACAGCACGAGCGGCAAAUCCUAGGACUGGCCUCCCAAGCGUCGUCACGAACUUGACUCCUCGAACACCCAUAUCCCCUGCCGAAGCGCUAUCACUCUUCGGAGAUGGACAAGCAUACUCAUCCGAGAUCCCUACGAGAGUGAAGUCUCCAGGGCGCCGAAGCCCGGUAGUGAGCAGACCGAAACCUGCAGGACCAAGAGGCAGAUGGCGUCAAGACUCGACAGGAUGGAACAUGGAACCAGACACAGAAGCGGGAUCUCCGAAUCUCAACACAGCCAACUCGUCGGCCACAAGAGCAGAUUUUCACGCAAGCGAGGAUAGCUUUGUGAUACCUAUGCCAACCGCCAAAGACCCACAACCAUACCGUCAAGAAGAUCAGGACAGAGCAGUACAAUACUACAAAGACAAAGCACAGCGUCUUUCGCAGAAAGAAGGAUUGAAUGGAAGAAUGCACAGUAUCGGUGCCGGUCCUCACCUGUAUGCUCGACUGCUCCUGGGUAUGAGCGCAGAGAUUCUGGUGUGGAUGUGACGACACCAACAUCUUCACACGAGAAGGAAGCUCAUAGUCCGACCAUGGGUGGCGCCGAACGCGGACGGGCCAACUCAAACACAUCACGCUUCCAGGAUCUGCGACAAUU